AUGUUAACCACAAUUAUAGCCACAUCAGGAUAUCUUGGAAGGAAGUACAUGGUUCUAACUAAUCUUAGCCUAGAAAAUAAUUCUGUGGGUACCUACCAAGUAGCUAAAGUGAUGACCACUCCAUGUGUAUUACUCAUACAGUAUCAUUAUUAUGGAAAAUCAAUCAAUACUGCAACAUUAUUGACAGUGAUACCAAUUAUAAUAGGAGUCAUUUUGAAUUUCAUCUAUGACAUUAAAUUUAACUUAAUUGGCACAGCAUAUGCAGUAAUGGGAGUUGUGGUCACUUCUUUUUAUCAAGUGUUGGUUGGAGAGAAACAGAAAGAGCUGCAACUUAAUUCCAUGCAGCUUUUAUACUACCAGGCACCCAUAUCAGCAAUUAUUCUCUUCUUCCCAGUCCUUGCAUUCGAGCCUGUUCUUCAGCUCGUUUAUCGUUCAUGGACUCUGGCAGCCAUAAUUCCAGUUGUGUGUUCAUGCUUGAUCGCCUUUGCUGUAAAUUUAUCUAUUUACUGGAUCAUCGGCAACACGUCCGCAUUGACUUACAACAUGGCGGGUCAUUUAAAAUUCUGCCUGACUGUGGCGGCUGGCUUCUUCUUGUUCCAGGAUCCCCUGUCUGCCAACCAACUAUUCGGACUCAUACUCACGUUGGCGGGAGUCGUCGCCUACAGCCAUGUGCGGUCGUGA